AUGUUUCGGAGUACAGUGAGAUCUUAUAUUGUUUGUAGAGGUCAUGACUUUCAACGAAGUAAACACACAAGUAAACUCGACACGAUAAGGGAAAAAUUGCGAGAGGGUCCCAGUUUAGCAGAUUUUGUCUCCGAUGAUCGACCAAAGAAUUGGGAUGAAUAUGAGGGUAAACUAAAGCGCGAGAAGGGUGAAGCUCAGAGGUUGAGGCUGCCACCCUGGCUGAAGACUUCUAUACCCACAGGGUCAAAAUUCAGUGAACUAAAACAGCAGCUGAGAGGUUUGAAACUCAGCACAGUGUGUGAGGAAGCAAGAUGUCCUAACAUUGGUGAGUGUUGGAGUGGAGGCAAGCAUGGCACUUCAACUGCUACCAUAAUGCUAAUGGGCGACACUUGCACUCGAGGCUGUAUGUUCUGCUCCGUGAAGACAUCCCGCCGACCUCCCCCGCUCGACCCUGAUGAGCCGAAGAACACUGCAUAUGCUAUCAAUCAGUGGGGGCUUGGAUAUAUUGUAUUAACAUCUGUGGACAGAGAUGAUCUACCUGAUGGAGGCUCGUCUCAUUUUGCAGAAACUGUUAGAGAAAUUAAAAAACAAAACAAAGAAAUUCUAGUCGAAUGUCUGGUUCCCGAUUUCCGUGGCAACCGUGACAGUAUAAAGGAAAUAGCCAACUGUGGGCUGGACGUGUACGCACAUAACAUCGAGACUGUUGAACGACUCACGCCAUUUGUACGGGACCCGAGGGCCACGUAUAGACAAACACUGAAAGUACUGCAGACUGCCAAAGAGAUGAAUCCAGACGUGAUCACCAAAUCCUCGAUCAUGUUAGGGCUUGGAGAAACUGAUGAACAAGUGGAUCAAACUAUGAAAGACUUACGUGAUGCAGGUGUGGACUGUGUGACCCUCGGCCAGUACAUGCAACCCACGAAACGUCACCUCAAAGUCUUUGAAUACGUCACUCCUGCCAAGUUCAAGCAGUGGGAGGACCGGGGUAAUGAGUUGGGAUUCCUCUACACAGCCAGUGGCCCUCUGGUGCGGUCCUCUUAUAGAGCUGGAGAGUUCUUCAUAACUAGUUUGCUGAAGGAACGGAAGGCGAAAAGUUUGUGA